CGUCCCGGACGACCGGCUGGGUCUCUUUUCUUACUUGGCUAAUUUACGGCGGAGGCUGCGUGGUGGGGGGAGGGACUGCAGAGGAGGGACCGCGUCUCGAGAUGAGGGGCGGGGGAGGCGGUUAAAGGAGUCGCCCGAGGCUGCGGCGCUGGUGAUGUCAGCUCUCGACGAAAAUAGAGAGGGAUCGCCUGCAAAUCCCCAGCUCCGGCGGGGCUAAACCUCGCAAUCCCUCCCCGGCCGGCGCCGAGCCAGAGCGCAGGGGCCUCCGCCGCCUCCCCGGGCGCGCACACACCCGCACACGCGCGCACGCUCGCAGCACUCCCCCGCUCUCACACUCGCCGUCCUCCCGCGGCCACCCCUCUCGGUGCCCGCCUGCCCCGCAGCAGCAAAGCACAGGUGGCCUCGGCGGCGGCGGCGGCGGCGGCGGCGCACCGUGGGCGUGCGCUCUCCUACAGCCCCGUGGGACAGCGCUCGCUGCGGGAAGCCGCCCUCAGUUUCCCCCAGCGCCUCUCCGAGCGCUACCGCGACGCGCGCAGGGGAACGCGGGGCACGCGCGGUGGAGAGCUGGGACGUGGAUUAGCGCCCACAGGAGCCUCCAGCGCCCGUUGAGGCGCUAAAGGGCUUACCCCGGAGGGGGGCGGAAGGGCGGGGAGAGACUACCCCUUAAAUACCGCUCCCCGCCGCGCUCUCCAGCUCACCCGGCUCCCGCUCGCUCCCUCGCUCGCCGCUUCCGGACUGUGCCGAAGAGGAGGGGGCGUUCCCCAGACCAUGGCAUCCGCGGAAGGUGCCAACAAUAUGCCCAAGCAAGUGGAAGUGCGCAUGCACGACAGCCAUCUCAGCUCAGACGAGCCGAAGCACCGACACCUGGGCCUGCGCUUGUGCGACAAGCUGGGGAAGAACCUCCUGCUCACGCUGACGGUGUUUGGUGUCAUCCUGGGGGCAGUAUGUGGAGGGCUUCUUCGCUUGGCCUCUCCCAUCCACCCUGACGUGGUUAUGUUAAUAGCCUUCCCGGGGGAUAUACUCAUGAGGAUGCUAAAAAUGCUCAUUCUCCCCCUCAUCAUCUCCAGCUUAAUCACAGGGUUGUCUGGCCUGGAUGCUAAAGCCAGUGGUCGCUUAGGUACGAGAGCUAUGAUAUAUUAUAUGUCCACGACUGUCAUUGCUGCUGUGCUGGGGGUCAUCCUGGUCUUGGCCAUCCACCCCGGGAAUCCCAAACUCAAGAAACAGCUGGGACCUGGGAAGAAGAACGAUGAAGUCUCCAGCCUGGAUGCCUUCUUGGAUCUUAUCCGAAAUCUCUUCCCAGAAAAUCUGGUCCAAGCCUGUUUCCAACAGAUUCAAACAGUGACAAAGAAAGUCCUGGUGGCCCCUCAGUCAGAGGAACCCAAUGCCACCAGCACCGUCGUCUCCCUGUUGAACGAGACUGUGUCGGAGGUCCCUGAGGAAACUAAGAUGGUUAUCAAGAAGGGCCUGGAGUUCAAGGACGGGAUGAAUGUCUUAGGUCUGAUAGGGUUUUUCAUUGCCUUUGGCAUUGCUAUGGGGAAGAUGGGAGAGCAGGCCAAGCUGAUGGUGGAAUUCUUCAACAUUCUGAAUGAAAUCGUAAUGAAGUUGGUGAUCAUGAUCAUGUGGUACUCUCCCCUGGGUAUCGCCUGCCUCAUUUGUGGGAAGAUCAUUGCAAUCAAGGACUUAGAAGUGGUCGCUAGGCAACUGGGGAUGUACAUGAUAACAGUGAUCGUGGGUCUCAUCAUCCAUGGGGGCAUCUUUCUCCCUUUGAUUUACUUCGUAGUGACCAGGAAAAACCCUUUCUCCUUUUUUGCUGGCAUUUUCCAAGCGUGGAUUACUGCCCUGGGCACUGCUUCCAGUGCUGGAACUUUGCCUGUCACCUUCCGUUGCCUGGAAGAAAAUCUGGGGAUUGACAAGCGUGUAACCAGAUUUGUCCUCCCAGUUGGAGCAACCAUUAACAUGGAUGGCACAGCCCUUUAUGAAGCCGUGGCUGCCAUUUUUAUAGCCCAGAUGAAUGGUGUUGUCCUGGACGGAGGGCAGAUUGUGACUGUAAGCCUCACUGCCACGCUGGCGAGCGUGGGUGCCGCCAGUAUCCCCAGUGCUGGGUUGGUCACCAUGCUCCUAAUUCUGACAGCCGUGGGCCUGCCGACAGAGGACAUCAGCUUGCUGGUGGCUGUGGACUGGCUGCUGGACAGGAUGAGAACUUCAGUCAAUGUCGUGGGUGACUCUUUUGGGGCUGGGAUUGUCUAUCACCUCUCCAAGUCUGAGCUGGAUACCAUUGACUCCCAACAUCGCGUGCACGAAGACAUUGAAAUGACCAAGACUCAAUCCAUUUAUGAUGACAUGAAGAAUCAUAGGGAAAGCAACUCUAAUCAGUGUGUCUAUGCUGCACACAACUCUGUCAUAGUAGAUGAGUGCAAGGUAACUCUGGCAGCCAACGGAAAGUCAGCCGACUGCAGUGUUGAGGAAGAGCCUUGGAAACGAGAAAAAUAAAGACUAUGACUCUCAGCACAUUCUUGAAUAAACUCCCCAGCGUAUCUUAUGGUAAAAGAUGAUAUAAACAAGCAUUCUUUAAAAAGGAAAAAAAAAAAAAGCAUCUAUUUCUAUGUUUACUUAAUCUGUUAGCUGAGGCUUAGAGGAGCUGUGGUGAGUCCGUGAUGCCAGGCACGGUGCUGUGUCUUUGCCAAGUAACGCUUCAUAACUGGCUAAUUUUCUGACUUGUGUUAUUGUUUGAAUGGAUGUGCUGGAGGAAUCCCUUUGAAUUGAAGACACAUUCUUGCCAGCCUUCCCUUCUCUCUCAGUGCAGAACUGUGGAUGCUCUUUUCCCAAGGGACAUGACAAAAGCAGUGUGGUACACUCCGGGGACUUGGGACAAUGAGCAUACACACAAUGUGUUAUUCCUUAAAGUGUUCCUGUCUUACCUUGCUGCACAUAAGAGAUUCCGCUAGAAGCCUCUAGAAGUAACUCCCUUUUGGUAUCUUAUAGAGUUUGCACACAUGCUGAUUGAAAGCGAGUGUCUAUGUUAGGGAAUUCAAGCUUCCUACCUUCUGGGUGCCCUUUGCGUUGAAUGUUUCCAAGAGAGUUUUAGCGGGAGCCGUACUCUCUGGGCAGCUGAUUAUGGAACCCACUGCCUCUCUGCCCCCUCCUAAGUUUGUGUGAAUAGUGGUUAAAAUUUCAAAAUAUGUCUCAUCACUCUUUCUAAAGUUGACAUUGGGUUAAGAAGUAUUUUACAACCACUAUAUAUAUAUAUAUGUUAACAGAAUUAAUGGAGUGCAGAUGAUAUAAAUUUUAACCAGAUUGAACUACCCAAAUUCAUUUGCAUUUUAUUUGUAUUCAUUUAUCACAGUGACAUCAAGUGAGGUUAUGUGAUCUAUGUUUUGCUCUCUUCGUUUCACCCACAAGAUUCCCAUUUGGGUUUCUUGCAGAAAACGAUUCUUUAGAUCUCUCAAUCAUUUCCAUCAUAUUCUCAUCCACCUAGAUGGCCUGAUCCUUUGUCCUCCACACUUGGACUAAGCUUGUGUGAGCUGUGCCUCUUUUCAUGCCAUACCUUGAAAAAACAAACUGGUAUCUAAUGAAUAUGUACAAGGCUUUUUUGUUAUAUCCAAGCACAUAAAACUAGUUACAGGACACGGCUGGAAGCAGAGCCAGUCUUCCUCCUCAGCUGGAAAGGAACAAAAGACGAAAGUACAAAACCCUACAAAGGUGAUGUCUUUUUGGAGUGGUCCCGCCAGUCUUGGUCCAUGAAAUGAGAACAAAGGAUGACAGCACGGCUUCCCAGAUGAAGCUUUUUCAAGGAUAUGAAAGUUUGAAGGAAUAAAUAAUAUAAUUGGCACAGAGCAGGGCCUUGCACCUGGAAGACAGCCAGCAAAUCCUUAAUGAUUGGUUAUGCAAGCUGAAGUUUUGAAUAUGUCUACUAUUAUUUUCUAUUGAAUAACCCACAGUAUUUUCCUAAGGUUGCUGGGUUGGGGAGUUAACUGGGGAUUUGAGUCAUUGAGAGAUAAAGCACAAUCGAGUCUAAGGAGUAGAACCUUAGUCCACAUGUCUAAAUGUGUUUGGUGUCUCCCAUGAGGCCAGCAGAGGGAUGCAGAAGUAUUCAUAAAUACAUAUAGAAUCCAAAUUCUCUUAGAGGAGGGAGUAUUUGGGCAUCACCUACCCUUUAUUACCUAAUCCUUAUGACUUCUCUCUUCCAACCCAGACAGUUUUGAAAUAUACAAAAGAUGAGAAUCCAGUUGCUUUUUUGUCUCUUAAAUCCUAGUUAUUUUUUGGAUAUGGAUCACUACUGAGCAGUAUUAAGCAGAUUUUUUAAAAUGUCAUUGAUCUUUGUUUUCAUAAAAUGGACAGUUAAUAGAGUGAGUAAGGUCAUGCUCAAAUGUAGUAGGGAGGAAUAAAUUCUUUAUAGCAGACAUGUGGGCCAAAGGGACAGUUCCUGGUUUUAGCCGUGAAACCCAAAUUUUCUUUAAGUGGUACUUCAAGAGGUUUUUUACGGUGAGCAGAAAGAUAUAGGCAAAUCAUCUAGGAGGUGCCUGCCUUUUGCUGUAGAAGGCCAACUUGGCAUUUGCAUACACCAAUACGUUUCUCAAAGGAGUGGUCACAGGAUCAUCUUUGCAAGUCUCUGCUUGAAAAUCUUUCUGGUUUCUUUUGUUUUCAUCUUUUUCCUAGCUAUGCUAUUAACCUGUAAAUAUGUAAGGGGGAUAAUGUGGUCAAAAGAAAGAGAAUUUACCACUUCACAGAGCAGGCUUUUCUGGUUUGAGACUGUAUACGGUGUCUGAUGAGAAUACACUUAGAAAACCAUGAUUAUCUGGAAAUUCAAUAAAUUAUAUUAAAAUGAACUAGUUUAUCAAAUUCAAGAAUACCCUGACUAUCCACACUGCAUGUAGAGCUGACAUAUGAGUAUGUCCUCUAGGGUUUUAGGCUUCAUUCAUUCUUCCCAUGCCGUGCCCAUUGGGGAUUCUUUUGUCCAGAAUAUGUGCCAUAAACAGAACAAAUGGAUCCAGAGUAUACCUCUAAUAGCCUUGACCUAAAUGGGAUACUUGUCAGUUAUAUGUACAGAUUUAUGCUAAUGGGCUCAUCACAGAUAAAAAUGCUUAUAAUAGUCCAUUAAUAUUUGAUGAUACAUAAAUGUUGUAUAUCUAUAUAUAGAAUCAGCAGGUCAGGUACAUACACUGCAUCUGGUGAGGUUUGUACAUCAGGACUUUGUCAAUACCAUUUUGCUAUAGGCUUCUUCACUUUUUAAAGGAUUAGAGUCAUUUUAGUUCAAAACCAGCUAAGGAGAAAUUUACCCUUCCCUUUCUUAUCCUUGCCCUUUUGAGAAACCCAAGUGGACUCAUCAUUUAAUUAUUUGCUAAAAUUGAACAAGUCCAGUCCAACUAGUGAGAAGUUAGCUUAUCUUUCAAAGUAAUGUCUUACCUUAGACAUUUGAGGAUAUGUUCCUCACCACAUGGUUCAAAAUGAAGUACAUCAGAGAAUCCGGGCAACCAUCUUGUUUAUGUAAACAGAUCUUCAGUAAAGAACUCUAAGUGACUUUAGGACCUUAGGUAGCUAUCAGAUCCCACUUUUGACUUCUCUUUGGGUAUUGAAACCCAGUCUGCAUUCAUCUCGUUGCUUGCUGAAGUUACCAUACCCUACAAAAGACAAAUAUUUCUUCCUCCUCUCCAACCACUAAUUCACCUGGAUGUUCACAAAAGUUAGAGGAAAAAGGGUGCCAAAAUGUCUAGCUCCUGGAUUUAGACUUGUGGAAGCUGAGAAAGGCUUGAGAGAAAGUUAGUUGCUGGAGAGAUUUCUGGUAGUUGAUGUCAGAAAUCCCAGUGAGCAAUUGAUUAGAUCUCAAGUAAUCUCCAUUUGUUGAGGUAUUUGCAGAAGUAUCUAGUGAAGAAGGCUUUGAGAGUUGGGUAGCUGGGAAAUUUAUCUCUUGGGCCCCCCCAAAGGAAAACCAAUUCCACCUGCCAUGUUUUCCCAAAUAUCACACUUCUUUUUUCUCUUAAUAGCAAAAAUAUAAUUUUUUACUUUUGUCAGAAGCAAGGCUUCUGCUUAUGCAAUAUCUUCCCAAGAAGUACAGCAAUAAACUCAACUAGGUAUGCACACGCUCAGAGAUGAUUUCUGUGGUUCUAAGCCUUGAAAAACAAGUCUCAGCAGCUCUUGCCUGGUUUGAUGACUAAAAGUGGACAGCAGUUACACCCCGGGGAAGGUGGUGUAACUUCCCCUACUUAGCUGAUUUCUAACUCUCAGGGCCAUCGAUUGUCUGGGUUGCUGGUAUUGCUUUGCUUAUUCUCCAAGUGAACUCAUUCCAAGCCAAGAAAAGGGAAUGAAUGAGAGUUUUUUGUGUGUGUGUUAUUAUCACACUCAUUCUUUGAAUAAGGAUAUUGAGGUCUUGGGGCAUAAGAAGAUUAAGUUAAAGCACAGUCUGAAGUAAAAGUGAAAUAAAACUGAUUGUUGAAGAAGAUGAAUAUUUCUAGUAUCUGUAGUCAUUUCAAAUUAAACCUAGGAGAACAGUCACCACCCAGGCAGCUGACUUUAGUGGGAGAUUGCUCUCUUUGGAUGGAGUGAGUUCAGAGCUGCUCAUGAAACAUUAGUUUAUGAUGACUCUAAAGGAAAAUGUUAUUUUUCACUCUUCCUCCUCCCUCCUAUUCCACUGUUUAAGAAACAACUUAGUGAAUGACCAUAUAGGUUAGUCUAAGGAUUCAUUUUAGAACAGAUAAUAACCUGAAUUGGAUCCUAUCUAAUUUCAUGGCAUAAUGCAGUUAAUGCAGGCAAUGACACAGAGAUGACAGGAAAUGGCAUGGUUUGGUAGAAGAACUGUUUGACAUAGACUUUGCCCGGUUUUAGCUGUAUGACUUACACAACUCACUUUAUGUCCAAAGCUUUAUUUUCUCUCAUUUGAAAGGUGAAAGGGUUGACUUAAAUGAUUAAACUCCCACUAGCAAUAAAAUCCCUGAUAUUACAAUCUGUUUUAUUUUCUUCUUUCUUAAGAGACUUACUUCUCUAAAAUACUAUUAUUUAUAUUUUACAUCAGAGAGGUUCCAUUCUACCAAAUAAUCGAUUUAAAUUUUUCUCAUUCCCCCUUUUUAAGCCUCUAUUUAUUUUAGGUUUAUGACAAGCUUGGCAAGUGGUCAUGUUAAUCUAUGAUUUGAGACACCAGUAAAAAACCUUUUAUAAAAGUUCCUUUUACCUACACUCACUGUCCUAGUAGAAGUAGUGAUUUAGCUCAGGGAAAAAAUGCUGCCAGAGUCACCGUGAGGGACCGGACAUGUCUACAGCUGCACUCGACCUCUUGCAUCAUUCUUGCUGUAGCAACAAAACCCGCUCCAAAUACCCAAACCACAUAAUUUUAUCCAAACACUCCUAAUUGCCAACCCUGUAUGGGAAUUUGGGAGCCUUUGGCAAAUAAACUUGAACACUCAUGAAAUUUGGUGCAAGACUUACACAAUCACAGCAACAGUCUGUAAAUACCUUCCCUCCUCCGCAGGUAUGCAGGCAUGCACAUCCAUGUACAAGUAAGCUGGGCUGAGGCCUUUCUCUGGAGGGAUAUGCAAGGAUAUUUGAUUGAAUUCAUUUCCAUAUUUUCCACUUGAUUUUCUUGCGUCAUAGGCAUUACAUGGCAGGUAGAGAAGCUCUAACUUACAUGGAUAAAGUCUUACUGUCACUGUCCUUUUCAAUGCUUGUGGAAUUUCUAGUGAGUAGGACACCAGGUGUGGUCCACAGGGUGCCUGACACCAGCCAUGACCUUCAAAGAACGUCCUGUACUUUCUGGCAUUAUUGCAAAGGGCUCCUGCUUGCAUAUUUGCCCUGUAUCCAACCUUCUGCUAAAUAGAGUGGAGUUGGUAUUUCCUGUGUGGUGAGCACCCUUAUUGCUAGAGAAGACUUCAGUUCUUCAGAUUUGGGGAAGUGAGAAGUAAAUCUAGGACGAGAUUGAAGAUUGCAGUUUUUUAUUUGUUAUUGUUGUUGGUUACUUGUUUUUAUCCCAUCAGUUUAGAAAACCCGACAUGAGAGAAGAAAGAUAAAGUUUCUCAACUGACCUAUUGAAGAACCUGUAGGAAAGUGAGAGAAGUCCCUAAACUCACAUUCCAUUUAUUCUAAAUAAUACCCUGACUACUGUUCAGUCCUUCUUUUUUUUUCUAUGUCUAUCCUUGCUUCAUCUUCCAAUCUCUGAGCCAAGUCUCUAUUGUAAUAUUUAAAACAAUCUUUCCAGUUGUUAGGCAGGGAUUUUUUGUGCUAAGAAUAAAACCUACUACUGGAACAGACCUUACUGCUUUCGCAGUCAGCAUUUGACCUUGACAAUGGGUAACAGCAGGUCCCCAGUUCCUCUGGAGACACCUCCAAUCCUGGGUGAGUAUUGGAACAUAACAACUGACUGUUACCCUUGUCAUCAUCCCCUGCGGAGAUGGGGAUGAUGCAGCCAGAGCUUUGCUACUUCUGGGGCUCUGUUUUUUCUCAUGGCAACUAUUUUGCCAGCCUGAAACAGUCUGUUGCCUUUGAUAGGGGACAAACAUACUCACUAGCCAAAGAAGUUGGACCAGCGCAUCUCUGAGGUUUCUUCCCCAUAGAGCAAAUUCUCUGAGAUGUACAAGCAGAAAGUUGGCUCUCUGGUGGCUUACAACACUAUGAGAGUACUUUCCUCACUAGGAACUCAGCCUUUGGCAUGCAGAUUCUUCUACAAAUCACCUUAACCCCCUCCCUCCUUCCCCUGAAAAAUCUCAGCAUUGCAUCUCCAUGUUGCACAACACAGAUCAGACUAUCUGGUCACUAUAGAGAUUUGUAUAUAAAAAAGCUACUUUUUUGAGAAUUUUUUAUAUUGUUUUUCUAUUUGUUUUCUACAGUUUGAGGAGAGAGCUGGCAAACUGUGAAUCUAAUUUUGUCUUGCUGCCAGCAGAUAUAUUUUGGCUUCCUGGUAAGAGUCCAUGCUACCAGGGACAAUAUCUUGUUAUCUGAUCAGUAUUACACCCCAAAUUACUACAAAUUACUUCAGCUAAGUCUUACAUUCUUUCUUCUACAAAUCCCCAAGCUUCUUUACUAUUAUUUAUUUUUUAAAAAGCAUGAGAAUAUGUAUUUAUAGUCCUGGAUAUUAUAUGUUUAAUAUUAAUUUAGCCUUUAAUAAUGUUACAGGUUUAUAUCUAUUCUUCAGAAAUCAUAAAGAACUCAGUGGAGACUGAAUUCAUCUAUUUAGUACCUGUAAUUUUGCAGACAGAUAUUUUCUUAUGGUAUUUUCUAUAGAACCACAUAUUUAGAAUUGUAACUAAUAGAGCACAAGACAUUUCUACAACAACCUAGAGCUAUCAAUUGUUUUCUGAACAUAUAGCCACAGUCAAACAAUUUAAGAACCCAGUCCUCAGUGAUACGGUAUCACCAUCAAGAACAAAGAAUUGCUUAAAUCAGGUGGUUAAGAUGUAUGUUUAAAUAAUCUUUUUAACUCAAGGAAUGGUGCUGAUUUUUAUUUUGGGCACCAGGCCUUGUUUUUUCCAGCUGAGCAUUCUAAGUGUUUGCUUUUCUCUGAAAUCACCAAAGGCAAAGUGAUAAUAGUGGGAUCAUUUCUACAUCAGAAUCUCUCAUGCCUUUCUAAAUGUUUGUGUGAUAACUGGCUUAGAAAAAUUUUGAGUAGCAAAGGCUAAGAAUGAAUGCUGUUGUACAGAGUCACUGCAAUUAAUUCUUGCUAGACAAAAUGACAAUAAAUGUCACAUUGUUAAAUGAAUUGAUUACAUAUUUUUAAAUAAAAAAUUCAUACUGGUUAUGAAGCAAUACUGUAUCACUGGGGACUGGAGGUGGGAGUUUAGAAUCACACUGAAAUUGUUCAAGAAGCCCAGGUAGUUUUUUGUCCUCAGGUGAAUAACAAACUAUGUAACCUUCCCAACAGGUAAAUCAAUAGCCACUGAAAAGACGAGGUGUCUUUCCUCCACCAAACACAUUUUUCAAUAUGGUGGUGGGACUAAUAUUUUUACCAUGUUUUAAACUGUUGUCAGUUAUAGAGAGAAUGUACUAGUAUGUAUUUGAACCUGCUCCUCAUUAAGCAAACAGAUUAGAUAUGCCCUCAAAUGGCUAAGAUUGUGUCUUUUCAAGUACAACUAGCUGUCAAAGCAUGAAGUUCUUGUGUAUACACACUAACGCUUGGUCCACGCAUGAAGAACAGUGCCUAUGCACUUUGUGUAGCUAUAAUGUAGGUAUCUCUGUGUAAUUUCAGUGAAAUGGUGUAUAGAUGUAUUGUAAUUUAAUUUAAAUGUUACUUUUGGCUGUUCACCUAGAUGCAAUAGAUAUGUUGAUUGCUGUUUUCAAAACACUUCUUUUUCUUCUUAGAUACCUAGCAAUGAAUCACUUUUACUCUUUCAUAAUGUGAUUUGGGGAUAUGUAUCAGUGAAGAACCUAUGUAUGAAUCCGUUAUACUAAUGAUUGUUUCAAUGUAUGUGUGUAUCCAGCACCUUUGUAAAUACACAAUUCAGAGCAGGGAUGGGUUGGAUGUGUGUCCUGGUUCUUAGUGAAAGGCCAUUUGAUGUCUAUGUAAUACUUAGUGAAUAGAACUGUGGAGCUUUUGAUGAUCUAGGCUUAAGUAGCUAUAGAGUGAGGAUGUUCAUCUCAAGUCCUUUGCUUGCUGGAUGGAGCUCAGAGAGCCAAACAUUGGCCUUCUCUUGUGCAUGUUAGCAUCAUGUCUUUAGGGAAGGAUCAGCCCCUCUGGUUGUCAGAUAUUCAUCCUGAUGCUUGUGACCUGAAAGUUCUGAAGAGCCUUGUCCCAUUUGGCUUCUUGAGUCAGAAUGGGAAAAAUAUUUACUGACUAGCUGCCAUGCAGGUGAAAUCCCACAGAAGCACAGUUCUGGCAAGAAAUGGCACUGUUGCCAUCGAAAGAUCAAGCGCUAGAAGCACAGGAGCAGUCAGUGUACAAUUUUGGGGGUUGCAGGGGGCAACUGCCAAAGCACAGAUCCCAUAUAUAUGAAGGGAGUGUAACCUCCUCUACCCACGUGCUCUGUGUGUAUGUUUGGAAGUGACUGAAGAUGAGAUUAACAAAUUUAAUUAUACAUUUGCCUCUGAAAACACACAUUCUGUUUAAUUAGCACUAAAUGCAACGUCUAGAGCUCCUGUAACCCUUUUCUCUUCCCCAAGAGCAGAGAAGAGGAGAAGAAAGAGCAAUGUGCUAUAGGAAACACUGAGUGCCCCUCUUUUUUUAUUCAAAGGUAUGAAGCCCAAUAUCAUGAGGGCAAACAGCCCAUUAAUUUUCAAUGGCUUCUUCAGAUGAGUGGGAUGAAGGGAAAUGGUAGAUGGGCACAUUUUUCCUGGAAAAUGUGGUUUCUUCCAGUGCAAGAGGAAAAGCUUACUGAAAAAAACUUAGCCUUUAGGCAGGAUUAUCCUUGAAGAGUCUUGUAUAUCCAGAAUGAAAGAUGAGCAUAAUUGUUCUCCUCACAUUCACAAUCCCCACUGAUCUAAAGUCAUGUGGUGUAGAGCAUCUAUAGCACAUUGUACUUAAAAGACUAAUUAAUGCAAAAGAUAAAAAGUUCAACUAAUUUUGUGGUUGUUUCUGAUAAGUGGUACUAGGAAAUACCUUGUUGGCAAAGCACAUUUUGGGUAGAUGAGGUCUUUCAUUUUCGCCUUUAGCUUUCCAUGCUUUCUUACCAUGUGGACUGAUUACUGUAACAUUUCACGUGUAAAAUUACUGGACAUUCUUUAUAUGCUGGAAGUAACCUGUGAGUUCAAAAUUUCACUAAGUGUUUUAACCUUUGUGUAUAUAUUUCUCAUCAAUAAAUGUGGAUUUCAAUUUC